UGGAGAAACGAAAUCGCAUUUAUUCUUCGAGCAACCACGAAAGUACGUGGUGCGUGCGGAACAGAAUUUUAUAGUGUUAAGUAAUUUAUUAAGUUCAAAUCUAUCAAAAUGAGGGAAAUCGUGCACAUCCAGGCUGGUCAGUGCGGAAACCAAAUCGGAGCUAAGUUCUGGGAAAUCAUCUCCGACGAGCACGGCAUCGACCCCACCGGCGCCUACCAUGGCGACUCAGACCUGCAGCUGGAGCGCAUCAACGUCUACUACAAUGAGGCCUCCGGCGGCAAGUACGUGCCCCGCGCCAUCCUGGUGGACCUGGAGCCCGGCACCAUGGACUCUGUCCGCUCCGGACCUUUCGGACAAAUCUUCCGUCCGGACAACUUCGUGUUCGGACAGUCCGGCGCCGGCAACAACUGGGCCAAGGGUCACUACACCGAGGGCGCCGAGCUCGUAGACUCAGUGCUCGAUGUCGUACGCAAAGAGGCCGAGUCCUGCGACUGCCUGCAGGGAUUCCAGCUCACACACUCGCUCGGAGGCGGUACCGGCUCUGGAAUGGGAACACUCCUUAUCUCCAAAAUCCGUGAAGAAUACCCCGACAGAAUCAUGAACACAUACUCCGUAGUACCCUCACCUAAAGUUUCCGACACAGUAGUAGAACCUUACAACGCCACUCUCUCAGUCCACCAGCUAGUCGAAAACACAGACGAAACCUACUGUAUAGACAACGAAGCUCUCUAUGACAUCUGCUUCCGCACGCUCAAACUGUCCACACCCACGUACGGAGACCUCAACCACCUCGUGUCGCUCACCAUGUCCGGUGUCACCACCUGCCUGCGGUUCCCCGGUCAGCUGAACGCUGAUCUCCGCAAGCUGGCCGUCAACAUGGUUCCCUUCCCGCGUCUCCACUUCUUCAUGCCCGGGUUCGCGCCGCUCACGUCCCGCGGCAGCCAGCAGUACCGCGCGCUGACCGUGCCCGAGCUCACCCAGCAGAUGUUCGACGCCAAGAACAUGAUGGCGGCUUGCGACCCGCGCCACGGCCGCUACCUCACCGUGGCCGCCAUCUUCCGCGGACGCAUGUCCAUGAAGGAGGUCGACGAGCAGAUGCUCAACAUCCAGAACAAGAACUCGUCAUACUUCGUCGAAUGGAUCCCGAACAACGUGAAGACCGCCGUGUGUGACAUUCCCCCCCGUGGCCUCAAGAUGGCCGCCACCUUCAUCGGCAACUCCACCGCCAUCCAGGAGCUGUUCAAGCGCAUCUCGGAGCAGUUCACCGCUAUGUUCAGGCGCAAGGCUUUCUUGCAUUGGUACACGGGCGAGGGCAUGGACGAGAUGGAGUUCACUGAGGCGGAGAGCAACAUGAACGACCUGGUGUCGGAGUACCAGCAGUACCAGGAGGCCACGGCCGACGAGGACGCCGAGUUCGACGAGGAGCAGGAGCAGGAGAUCGAAGACAACUAGAUCCGCCCCUCCCCCCCCGCCCGCCACUCCUCAGGACUUCAGUUUCAUUUCUUAGCUUCCCCUCUCAUGUUGUCCUGCUACACCCCCCCACUCGGUAGGGAGCCCCAGAUGUUGUGACUGCAUCGUAUUACAUUCCCAGUGUUUUUCCUUGACCGAAGAGUCGUUCUCGGAUGUUUAUUAUCUAAUAAAUACAAGUCCUCUAGACGCGGCUUCUUCGCGUUCAUUUCUGGUGCUUGAAUACACUGAUGACACAAAAAAGGAAAAGAUCUUUUUUGAUAAGGCUGAACUUAAGUUUUUAAACCUAAGUUAUUUUAUAAUUGUUUAUAAUUUGUAUUAGCUUUUUGUUAAUAACAGCAUGCAUACGUACAACAUGUUUUCGAAGACGAUCAAAGUUUUAAUAAUAUUCCGCUGGUGAUUAAUUAAAACUGCAGUAAUUUUA